GGUGACAGAGAGACGUUUGAGAACUACUACAGGAAACAGAGGAAAAAACAGGCCAGGCUGGUGCUGCAGCCGCAGUCUAACAUGUCUAACAUGUCUAACAUGCAGGAGACCGUGGACCCAGGAGACCGUGGAGGGUUAAUGCGGUACUUCAAUCAGAUCGUAGGCUUCUUCCUGGUGGAGGACCACGUUCUGCACUCCACACAGGGACUGUUGACCAGAGCCUUUACUGAUGAACUGUGGAACAUGGCCCUGUCUAAGAUCACUGCCGUGCUCCGCACACACUCGUCGUACUGCAGUGAUCCUGACCUGGUGCUGCAGCUGAAGAACCUCAUUGUCAUAUUUGCAGACACAUUACAGGGUUAUGGCUACCCAGUGAACAGACUGUUUGACCUGCUGUUUGAGAUCAGAGACCAGUACAAUGAAACGCUGCUGAAGAAAUGGGCUCUGGUGUUCAGGGAGAUCUUUGAACUGGACAACUACAGCCCUAUCCCUGUGGAGACUGAAGAAGAGUACAAGUCUGUCGUCAGUAGAUUCCCCUUCCACGACGCAGAAAUUGAAAAG